AUGAAAUAUUUCAAAGGGUUCUAUCGAUGCGUGAUUAGAUUUGGAUUCAUGGAUAAAGUUAAAAUUGAUAAUAAGUUAGUUGCCUCAAUUUUAGAAGAAGUGGGUAUUCAAGACCCCGAAUAUUUUUAUUCAGCGACCGGAACCCCUCCUAUAAUGCCUUUGAAUGUUUUUCCCAGAGAACACAUCAGGGGGAAAAAAAAGUUUACGAGUUUUGAAUUAAAAACUGAUUUUUUUACAAAAGCUUUGCCAGGAAUACUCACUGAAAAGGUCAGAUCUUUCAUUGUGGAGAGAUAUUUUGUUCCUCUUCAUAGCAUACAAACGGUGCAAUCUUCUCUUGUUGCAAUUGAAUGCAAUGAACGUAUCAUGUAUGUUGGAAGUGACAUUGAAAUAUAA